CUCAAGGUUCAGACCUGCCGUCCCGCAUUUCGGCGUCCCUUAGGUUGUGCGUCGUCCAUCACCGAGCGUGGCGAGGGCAUGGCGCUGCAGGGUUCGAAAUUGGUCUGGUACAACGGCGAGCUCGUCAAGUCCGUCGAGAGCCUCCACGAGCAGCGCGACGAGAUGAAUCGCCAGAUGUCCCAGGAGAAGGAGGUCCAGGAGCAGAUACAGAAAGAGUUGAGCAUCCUCGCAAGCAAGCUGGAGGAAGUGAACGGACGGCUUGGGCGGCAAACGCGAUUGCGGGAGGAGUGCGCCAAGCUCAUCCAAGUGGCCGAGGGCGCGUACGGAAAGAUCCUCGACUCGUCACAGACUUUGCUGCACGACCUGAGGCGCGACACGGCCCGCUUGGCGAUGCACAGCAACGAUCAGGAGUCCGAGGUCGAGCCAGCUAAGAAACGCCAUUGCAGCGUGUCCACUCGCGGCUUGAUCAACCGGAAGCUGUGGGCCUCUGGGCGGAUCGGGCAGGACAUGGUGGAGGAGGAGGCCGCACGGGCCGGCGUACCCGUGGACGCCAUGUUCACCUGA